AACUGCACCACCACCAUCUCCUCCUUAAUUAAACAUUUUCUUUGAGUAAAAAUAUUGGAUAAAAGCCCCUUAGUUAAAAUGAUAAAAGAAUCGAAUGAGGCAACUAAAAUUGUUGGAAGAGCCACGAACUGAUCACUCGUCCAUUCAACAAUUACUCAUUUAGAUAGGCAGUGUUCAUUCACUUGUCAUUGCUCAUUAGAAUCCAACAAAGAAUGGAUUCUUGUUCUGGAAGAGACGAUCAUGGAAGACUAAUGUUCAAAUCAAAAACGCCCCUUUUUUUCAAGAUAAUUCUUGAUGACGCCAUUCGUGACGGGAAGUUUGUGAAUCCUAUAUAUGUACAGCGCAUUCCAAGGAAAUUUGUCAGACUGUAUGGAAAUGAUCUGCCUAAUUCAGUAUUCCUGACAGUUCCUACUGGUGCAAAAUGGAAAUUAGCAUUAGUGAAAUCUGAUGGUGAGGUUUGGUUCCAGGAGGGCUGGUUAGAGUUUGUCAAGUAUUACUCUCUGGCUCAUGGGUCCUUGCUAGUUUUUGAAUACAAUCAAACGAAUUACGAAUUCAAUGUAACGAUAUUUGAUAUGAGCACAUUAGAGAUAGAUUAUCCAUUAAAUAUCACCACAGACAGAGACAAUGAAGAAACGAAUCUUGAAAAAGAGUUACAAGAGCAAGAGAUUCAUAAAGAAACUGAAACUGAUGUUUCUGUUGAAACCGUGACCUGUGUCCCAUUAAUGCGGCGAGCGAAAGGGGAACCGCCAUUGUUAUUCCCCCAGCCUCCUAAUAAGAAGAUCAAGCUAGAGAAGUCCGCUGAAAAAGAAGAAGGAAAGAGAGGACAAGAUAGCAUGUUCAUCAAUGAGAGAUCACGAUCAUUGACAGCUAAGGAAAAAGCUGAAGCACUCGAAAGAGCUGCCGCUAAUUUUAAAUCUGAAAAUCCUUCCUUCAUGAUUCCAAUGCAGCCAACAUAUCUUCAUUCUUGUUAUAGACUGUCUAUACCAGUGAACUUCGUGAAGAAAUAUUUCAACAAGGAACGUGGCAAUGCUAUCCUUAGCACUAUUGAUGGAACUUUAUGGCCUGUUGUGUACAAGUAUUACAUCUUCAAUGGAAUAUCAUAUGUAAGAAUGAAUCAAGGCUGGAAAGAAUUUGCAAAAGAUAAUCAUUUGGAAAUCGGUGAUGUCUGUGUCUUUGAACUGAUCGAUCGCACUAACACUAGAUUGAAAGUUGCCAUUUUUCAACCUAUCAAAGAAGCUAAUAAGAGCAUGUCACUUGGAAACAACAAGAAACUGAAACAUGAAGAGAAAUCUGGCAAUAAGAAGACUGUCCAUAGGCGUUCAUGCUCAAAAUCUGUUGAAGCUGUCGACAAAUUUACAUCAGAUUAUCCAUUCUUCAAAGCGAAUAUGCCAUCUCGCCUCACCUCAGUGAACAUACCGUUCGAGUUUGUCAAGAAAUGCACCAAGAAAAGCACAGAAAACGCAUGGUUACAAACCGGAAACAGAAAAUGGGGUGUCAAACUAAUCAGCCAUCCAUCUUAUAGUAAAGGUCUGUUGUCUGCAGGAUUCGCUAUAUUUGCAAAAGAAAAUUCUUUGGAACCGAGAGAUGUUUGUAUCUUCGAGUUGAUCGACGCCAAAAAGCUUCUGCUAAAAGUAUCCAUUUUCAGAAAUAAAGUGAAGUAAUAUCUUCUUUAUCUUGGAUAUCAUUUUGUUUGGUAUGGUGAAGAGAUUAGACAGUCUGCAACUUCAUAGACUCCCACUGUUUUGUAUGGUUCAUAUACUGAAACUGAUUUGUUAUGCUAAGCAACUUUACGGCAGACUAGAGGUAAGCCGUCUGCUAGACUGAACCUCUCGGUGUCACAUUUCCAGGCGGUUCUACGGAUUUUUUGUAUUAUGAAUCGAGUUGCUGAGAGUUUCUUACUAGAGCUGUUAUACAGCGGUUCUACGGAUAUUUUGUAUUGUGAAUCGAGCUACUUAGA